GUGACAGAUGAAGUUGUAUACAUUUGUCCUGCCGCGGGAACUAUGGGGAUUCAAGGAUUAAUUCAGUUUUUAGAGAAAGCAUCAUCGCCAGUGUCGUUACAGGACAUUCGUGGAUAUACAGUUGCCAUUGACUCAUACUGCUGGUUACACAAAGGAGCUUUUGGAUGCGCAGAUCAGCUAAGCAGAGGAGAAGAUACAGACAAAUACGUCCAAUACUGCUUAAAAUAUGUUAGCCUACUUCUUUCCUACGAUAUCAAGCCUAUACUCGUAUUCGAUGGACGCCACCUUCCCGCAAAGGCUCAAACAGAACAACGUCGUCGGGAAUCCAGAGACCAAUCUAAAAAACGCGCCGCCGAACUCCUUCGUUUGGGACAAAUCGAACAAGCUCGAUCACAUAUGAGAAGAUGCGUUGAUAUAACCCAUGAGAUGGCUCAUCGAUUGAUGGUGGAGUGUCGAAAGAGGAAUGUGGACUGCAUAGUGGCUCCUUAUGAAGCUGACGCGCAAUUAGCUUAUUUGAAUAAACGCAACAUAGCACAAUAUGUGAUAACAGAGGACUCAGAUUUAGUCUUAUUCGGCUGCAGCAAAGUCAUAUUCAAAUUGGACCUAAAUGCAAACGGGCUCAUGGUGGACGCAAAUAAACUUUACUUAGCAAUGGGAAUCAAAGAGGAACGAUACACUUUUGAUAAGUUCCGAAAAAUGUGCAUCUUAUCAGGAUGCGACUAUUUGGAUUCACUUCCGGGCAUCGGAUUAGCCAAAGCCUGUAAGUUUUUCUGUCGAACAGAAGAAACCGAUAUGCGAAGGGCUCUGUUAAAAGUACCGUCAUAUCUUAAUAUGCGGAAUCUCGUGGUUACCGAUGAAUACAUUGAGAAUUUUCUGAAAGCUGAUGCAACAUUCCAAUACAUGUUCGUGUUCGAUCCUUUCAAGCGAAAAAUGGUGCGGUUGAAUAAACUGCCUGAGGACUUUGAUAUUUCGCUUUGCUCAAACGCUGGAACACUCUGUGAUAAUGACACUGCCUUUCAAUUAGCUCUAGGUAACGUAAAUCCCUUCACAUUGAAGAAAUUGGAUGAUUGGAAUCCUGAUGCUUUCUCACAGGACGGGUCAAACGCAUUGGGCCUAAGCUGGUCCAAUCGGGGUCGAGCCAAGCACAAAAGCAUAUGGCAAGCUAAUUUCACACCACAUGAACCCAGUAAUAACUGCCAAACUGUACAGGAGACUAGAUGUGCCAUUGAAUUCAAGCGUUAUGCUUUGAAGGAUGUGGUCACAGCAGAUUGUGAGACUAUCGAAGUUCAGCAAACCGAAAGCGAAAUUUUGUCAAUCUAUUCUGCAAGCGAUGAACCUCCAAAUAAACGUCUAUGUCCUGAAAAAGAAAGAAAUUUAUCCCCAACCAAUGAAUCACCUCAAAACUCGACCAAGUCUAGAAACCCUUUUUUGAAGUCAUCAUCCCAAGUAUCCUCGCCAAGCAACCUAGAAACUUCUUCAAAUUCGUUGUUGAAAAGUCUAAGCCCUCGAAAGAUUGCCAGCAGACAAUCAACAAAUCUCGCAAAAAUCAGCAGCUUUAAACGAACUGUGAUCAACACCGAGCAAAAAGUUGUAUCUAGAUUUUUCAAACUGAACACAACUGUAACUAAUAAUAGCAAUGAAGUUGCAAAAUCGCAAGACUGUGAGACAACCCCAGAAAAGUAUCCAGACAUUGCUGCAAAAGUAGCUGAACUCAAUGAAUUGGAAGAACGACAACGGCAGGAGGCAACCGCUUUAUAUCUUUCUUCGCCGGAAGCUACCCUUUCUGAUCGAGGCGAUAAGACACCACCACGACGAGAUAGUAUAAAUUCAACACCACCGGAAAUUGCCAAUCUUCAUGCAAUUGAUAGUGGAAUAGAAGUUAGUUCAAAUGAAAAGGAAGAAAUUCAAAAAGAAUGUGAAAAUCCGCCCAAAGAGCUCUUAGAUAAGUUUCAAUUUAAAGUUAAAACAAGAGAUUUGAGUAUCAUAGAAGAAGACAAUAUCAUUGAAAUAUCAGACGAGGAGACUACAAAGAGAGUUGAGACUAGCAUUAAAAAGAAGAAACCAACUGUACGACGGAUUGGACUUGCGAAACCCAAAGCAAAAAAGCCUCCUGUGGAUGCGUCACAAAGCAAGCUAUCCAAAUUUUUCUUUAAGACGAAGCCAGUUCUGCAGUGAACAAUUGUGCUAGUGGAUUGUCACUACUGAAUGUUCCGACUAGAGGUAUUUGUAUAAGUACUUGUUAAUAAAAUGUUUUUUAUAUUAAAAA